UUCACUUAGUUGUCAAAGUAUUUGAAUAUAUUGUGAAAUAUAAAUCAUUCUAUUAUAAUGUGCAAGUGUUUAUCGAAUCUGUGCACCAAAUUCAGGGCCUGUGUUUUCUGGGCACUUCUUAAUAUAGGAUGCGGCGCUGGUUUAAUACCUCUUGUCCUUAAGUUUGUAAAUGAGAAUGAUCUACCCAAUGUAGUUCUGAUUUUCGGAUGCCUGUGUGGAGUUUAUUUAAUAAUAUCUGGUAUCCUCCUACUUAUUGGACUUAUAAAGGGCAUGCGGAGCCUUGUGUGUGUAUCUAUUGUUUUUUGUGGCCUGGGUAUGUUCUUCAUACACUGGUUGAUUAUUCCUCUAGUGCUUUACUUUAUAUUCUCGUUUGUGGUUUUUAACUAUUAUCAAGUGGAUAUGGCUCCAGAUGAUCGUUAUCGAGUACCUAAACGAUAUGCAUAAAUAUAUUUCAUUUAAAAUUAAUAUUAAAGUUUUGUGAUUAAUGUAACACAUCAGACAAUGUAUAAUUUUGUACAAGAAAAUAUAUAUUACCAAAAUUCCUGAAA